AUGUCUUCUCAUUCCACCCAAGACCAUUUGCCAGAGCAAGGCUUAAAUGUUUCAUUUCAAAAAAUGGUACUGAGAAGGUAUGGAAGCGAUGGCCUAGAGAAUGUAAACUUAAUGAGAGACUGUGAAAGUGUUGGUGAGUGUAAGAAGCAGAAAGGAUGUUAUAAUGGACUUAACCAAUGCUCAACAACUGCCGAUAGCAAAAUCUUCCAGUGUAAUAAAUGUUUCAAAGUCUUCAAAAAGUUCUCAAAUCUACAUCGACAUAAACUGAGACAUACUGUAGAGAAAUUUUGUAAAGAAUGUGUUCAUACUGGUGAGAACCCCUACAAAUGUGAAGAAUGUGGCCAAGCUUUUAAGUGGUGGUCACGCCUUACUACACAUAAGAAAAUGCAUACUGCAGAGAAACCCUACAGAUGUGAAGCGUGUGGCAAAGCUUUUAACUGUUGUUCAUACCUUACUAAACAUAAGAGAAUUCAUACAGGAGAGAAACCCUACAAAUGUGAGGAAUGUGGCAAAGCCUUUAAACAAUGCACACACCUUUCUGUACAUAGAAGAAUUCAUACUGGAGAGAAACCCUACAAAUGUGAAGCAUGUGGCAAAGCUUUUAAGGUGUGCUCAGACCUUUCUGCACAUAAGAGUAUUCAUACUGGACAGAAACCCUACAAAUGUGAAGAAUGUGGCAAAGCUUUUAACUCGUGUUCAGACCGUACUAAACAUAAGAGAAUUCAUACAGGAAAGAAACCCUACAAAUGUGAAGAGUGUGGCAAAGCCUUUAGUUGGUGCUCAGUCUUUACUGCACAUAAGAGAAUUCAUACUGGAGAGAAACCCUACAAAUGCGAAGCAUGUGGCAAAGAUUUUAUCUGGUGCUCAGACCUUGCUAAACAUAAGAGAAUUCAUACUGGAGAGAAACCCUACAAAUGUGAAGAAUGUGGCAAAGCUUAUAAAUGGUGCUCAGAACUUACUAAACAUAAGAGGAUUCAUACUGGAGAGAAACAGUACAAAUGUGAAGUAUGUGACAAAGCUUUUAGCUGGUGCUCAGGCCUUACUGUACAUAAAAGAAUUCAUACUGGAAAGAAACCCUACAAAUGUGAAGAAUGUGGCAAAGUCUUUAACCAGUACUCACACCUCCAUAGACAUAAGAGAAUUCAUAUAAGAGAAACCCUACAAAUGUGA